AUCACUAACAGAAAUGACAGCUAUGCAGAACAAAUAAACGGAGUGGAAAUUCGCAUUGGAAACUCUUUGGAGAACAACGGCAGCAACAAUCCUAUAUGUGCUGUUAUUUCUACUAUUCCAGCAGGUGAGUCCUACAACUUUUCAUGUAAUGGGAUGGUGGGACGUUACAUGAUUAUUCGUAUUCCUGGGGAUCGUGAGAUUCUUAGUCUUUGCGAGGUUGAAGUCUACGGAUCCUUGGCAGGUAAUUUAUUGCUGUAGAGCUUUGAAUUGAACUCUCUACAUUCAUAUAGAUUUAAUGUAAUCGCAUGCCUCUCGAGAGACACAUAAUCAUAAUUUAUUCAUUUUUGUUUGGCCAAAGUAGUUGAUUACUCAACUUCAAGUCAUUGUUCACUAAUAGUCUUUGCCCUUGCUUGAAGCUUUAUGCACUGAGAUGCAUCGUAACUUUUUUUUAAUGCAUUUUCUAGAAAAUGUAGCAGUACUUGGUGCUGCUAUACAGUCAUCAACAUCUGGGGUCUGGAUUGCUGAAAAUGCCAUAGAUCGAGGUCUCCAGCAGUUGUAUACAGGAUGUUCCUCAACACUCAGACAGACUAACCCAUGGUGGAGGUUGGAUCUGUAUGAUAUUUACAGUGUUAACAGAGUGGUCAUUACUAACAGAAACGACUGCUGUGCAGAACAAAUAAACGGAACAGAGAUUCGCAUCGGGAACUCUUUGGAGAACAACGGCAACAACAAUCCCAUAUGUGCUGUUAUUCCUGCUAUUCCAGCAGGUGAGUCCUACAGCUACUCAUGCGGUGGGAUGGAGGGACGUUACGUGAACUUAAUCAUUCCUGGAGACAUGAAGUUACUCACUAUGUGUGAGGUGAAGGUCUAUGGAGAAGGUCCUUGUUUAAAAAAAACGUUUGUAAAAAUUCAGUUUAAAUCCAGCAAUGAUUUGACCAACCCUACAAUGAGAGAAAAUGUUCUGAAACAGUUGGGAUCUGCUCUAGCAGCUAGAGGACUGACAGAUGUGAUUCUGCAUUGGUCUCAAACCCCUAAUCGGGUGAUCAAGAAAGUGAAUGCAGCUAAUCCAAAAUGUCAUUGAAGUAGGGGAAAUGAAUACUCUGGAAAUCAACACUGCCUAAUUCACUACAUUGAUAUUCAUUAAAGAUUAUAUUUUCAUAUUCAUUAAAGAUAUAUUUUCAUUCAAAUUACACUGACUGAAAUUUCUUCAUGUUUAAAAUGUAAAUACUUUUAAAGCACUUCUGCUUACUUCCCUGAAUAAUUCAAGUAAAACUUUCUUGUGUAAUUAUGUAUUGUCAGCAAAUAAAGGUAGCAAUAAAUACUGUAUAAUUAAACUUAACAUGACAGUUUUCUGUAUAUUCACUGCCAAUAUAGAUUUUUUUUUUUAAUGUUUAAAAUCUAUAAAUUGUCAUUUUAAUUGUUUUGAUGUUCUUGUUUUAUUAAAUUUCCUUUCAUGAAA